CGAUAGGUGAAAAAGCAUCGCGGCCUGCUCGUACGGCGUCUGCCAUUUGUUGGAAGAAUUUAGUUUGCCUAAUUUUUCAUAAAUCAAUCAGGAAAGCUACGUUAGACCGCACCAAUGACUCGUUCAAAGAAUCGAUCCGAUUCGGAGGAAUCGGAAAAGGGUGAGAAGAAGCCGCGCGGUAGGGAGAAGGAACGCAAGAAGCGCAGCUCCAGCAGUAGCGAUAGUAGCGGCAGCUCGUCGGAUAGUAGUUCGUCUCGCAGCAGCUCCGGUUCGCGGUCAAGCUCCAGCAGCAGCAGCUCGUCGUCCUCCAGUUCGUCCUCGUCGUCCAGCAGCGAGGCGGAACGCUCGCGCACCAAGCGCAAGACGACCACUCGUUCGCGUUCGCGUAGCAAGAGUCCGGCACCGGCACAGAGCGGCUGGGAUAAGGAGGCCUCCAUCAGCAAGGAGGCAGCGGUAAAGGGUGGUUCGGUGCGUGGCAAAUCGAAGGACAAAUCCGAACGCCGGAGCCACUCGGAACCGCGCGAAAAUGAUAAGGAAAACAAACAGGGCCGCGCAUCGUCGGCGGAAAAGUCGACCAAAGAUUCACGCAGUCGCCGGUCCCGGUCCGGUUCGUCGAAGCGCAAGCGGCGCGAACGUUCCGUCACACCGCGUCCGGUGCGCAUUCACAUCGGACGGCUUACACGCAACGUUAACCGUGAGCAUAUAAUGGAAAUUUUCAGCACCUACGGGGAAAUCAGCAAGGUCGAGUUCCCGAUGGAUCGUUUCCAACCGUUCGGGCGUGGAUUUUGCUACGUGGAGUAUGCCGAUCCCGACGGUGCUGAGAACGCCAUGAAACACAUGGACGGUGGGCAAAUUGAUGGGCAGGAGAUAACGGCCUCGCCGGUGUUGGUACCGAAGACACGUCCACCACCGCGGCGCCCGUCACCGAUCAUGCGAAACAAUCGCCCGAUGCCCCGAUGGCGCCAGUCACCGAUGCGCUACCGGCGCCGUCCGUCCAUUCGGCGUAGCCCACGUCGCCGGGGAAGGUCUCGCAGUCCGGUGAGACGACGUCGCCAGAGCAACAGUUCGGAUAGUUCACGCUAGACCUAUGGGUAACGAAUAACACGCUCUACGGAAGACACAUUUAACCUGCCAGGAAUUUCCGGUACGUUAGAGUAUAAUAUUAAUCGAACUUUUACUCGAUUUACGUAUGAUUUUUAAUGGCACAUCUAAUUAUAGGACUGUGAGUUUGUAGUGUUGUGUGUUUUUAUGCAGGCACACUGUAUUUGACUGCUGCAUUGAUUGAACUUCUGAAUUUCGAUUUGGAAGUAAUUAGUGUUCGAUUUCACACCAUCCGUGGAAAAUUUCCGUACAGCAGGAGUUGGCAGGAAUAAGUAGCUUCUAGUUUGUGAAGACCACAUUACCCUCGAGGUGCAUUCUGUUCAAUAUGUAAACCAGCAUAAGUUUAAUUAUAAUAAAACAAUAUAAUAAAUAAAAUCAAUAUUGGUUUAUUCACAUCA